GUGGGAAUUCGUGGUCGACUUCUUUCCAUCUCCCACGACAACACACUCCCUCCCCUAUCGACACCGACAAGGGCCAUAUCACCCACCAUGGCUUCUACCGCCCCGAGUGUGCAAUGCUUCGGCAAGAAGAAGACGGCCACCGCUGUCGCCCACUGCAAGCAAGGCAAGGGCCUCAUCAAGGUUAACGGCCAGCCCCUCUCCCUGGUCCAGCCCGAGAUCCUGCGCUUCAAGGUCUACGAGCCCCUCCUGAUCGUCGGUGCUGACAAGUUCGCCGGUGUCGACAUCCGCGUCCGCGUCACCGGUGGUGGUCACACCUCCCAGGUCUACGCCAUCCGUCAGGCCAUCGCCAAGUCCAUCGUUGCCUACUACCAGAAGUACGUCGAUGAGCACUCCAAGAACCAGCUCAAGCAGGCCUUCGUUCAGUACGACCGCACUCUCCUGGUCGCCGAUAACCGUCGGGCCGAGCCCAAGAAGUUCGGUGGUCGCGGUGCCCGCUCCCGUUACCAGAAGUCUUACCGUUAAAUUUCUUCUUUUUUUUUGUGUACUUCCCCGUCUAUCAUAUUGUGGUUUAUGGCAGCGGUGGAUCAUACCAAAAAAGCAAAAUUAAAAAAGAGAAAUUUUAUGCAAUGUCAAAAACGGUGCUCUCUUUCUGUCAUGGGAAUAUGGGAAAAGAACAAAAUAUUAUUUGGGAGUGGUAUUCCACACUCUCAUUACGAACUUUUAUUUUUGCUCCUCUUUCUCUUUGUUCACAUGGAGAAACUUCUGCGUGGUGGGUGGUUUGAUACGGGGUUGAUGGUAGCGUUUGUCAUGAGCGGUUGGAGAUCAGUCGGAUAUCGGUUUUCAUGAACCCGGGUUGCCGGUAGCUGGCUGGUUGUGAAAUGUGGGUGCGGUGGGCAAGACGGGAUUGGAAAUUUUUAUCCCUAAUGUCUUUUGUGUUCUUUCACUGGCGCUGUUUUGUACGGCUGGAAAAUAUCCCUAGCAUAGGCCAGGAAAAUCUGCUCAAAUUAACACCGGGUUUUUUAUGUUCGUUCAAUAUGGUAC